AUGCUGGCCUUUAAUCCAAAGGCAGACAUAAAACUAUUAAAACUUGAUUUGUCUUCACUUCAAUCGGUCCGCCAUUUCGCCAAAGAGUUGUCUCAAUUGGAGUCCAAAGUGGAUAUCCUUAUCAAUAACGCAGGGGUUAUGGCGUGUCCUGAAUGGCAGACUGAGGACGGCUUUGAGAUGCAGAUCGGGACCAAUCAUUUGGGUCAUUUCUUAUUAACACUGCAUUUGUUACCACUCCUGAAAAAGUCAUCGUCGGCUCGAGUGGUGACCGUAUCGUCGAUUCUUCACUGUUCGGGUGAAAUCAAUAUCGAGAACAUACACCUAAGGAACGGUACCUAUGGAGCACUGAAGGCCUAUUCAAACAGCAAACUCGCAAAUGUCUUAUUCAGCCGAGAAUUAGCCAAAAGACUGAACACAACCAAUAUUAACACAUAUAGUCUACAUCCCGGUGUCAUUCAUACAGAUCUUCAGAGGCACAAUAAAUCAGGUGAUAAAACAGACGUUGGAUUUAUGGAAAGACAUUUUUUCUUGACUCCAUUCAUGGGAUCCCAGACCACACUCUACUGUGCAUUGGAUGAGAGUCUGGACAAUGAGUCCGGCUUUUACUACGAUAACUGUCGUCGUGUGGAUCGUAUGGUUACUGAGGCCAGGGAUGACUUGAUGGCCCGUAAGCUAUGGGAUCUGAGUUGCGAUUUAGUGAAACUCGAGGAUCAUCUCAAGAUUUAGUCAUUCAAAUCAAAUUUUAUCUUGAUAAUUAGAAU